AUGACCUGUCCGGACCACAACCUCGGAAAGAUGGCAGGCGAGCGACUGAAUCUCAUGCCAGAGGAGCCUGAUUUUACCAACCCUCUCUUCUUGCCAAUGUUCGAAAUCUUUGACAAAGUUCUGCAGCCAGACUCUGAACUUUCCGUAGAAGAUGCAGUGGCCCAGUUGGUUGUCCUGUUACCCGAAGGGAAACCGUACUCGAGUGAAGUGGGCGACUUCAUCGGCACGUGUGUCGAGAUGGCCGAUGCAAUACCGUACACACAUUCUUCUAUGCUCAAACUCGUCUCGAUACUCGAUCUCUGUCUGCAUUCGGAGAGAUUUCCCGAGAAGGUCGGUUCAGCCAAUAUCCAGACUGACUCAACAUUGCGAUCUUGCAAGGUGGCAGAGACUAUGCGCCAUUUCUGGGACGGUACUGACGAAGAAUUCCCAGCCCUCUUAGCCUUGCUGAUCCCUGACUCUCGUCCAGGUACAUGCCCAGAAGACGGCCCGGCAAAGUACGUCAACUUCAACACGUUCGCCGCUCGCAUCCACCAGCGCGGCCUCUUGAAAGGAGUUAUACUAGCUAUCAGCACGCUCGAGGAUGCUUUUCAAAGAAAACUCGGGAAAAGCCAAGAGCAGCGCGAGGCCUAUGUCACAGCUGCACUGCAGUACCUUCUUCUCAACGGCGACAUCAUUUACGAGGAUAUCAGGAAUGACGAGAGGUGGAAGCACAGCUGGUCUUGUUGGCGCAACGAAGUUGCACGCCUGGCCGCCAGAAACCGGAACGACAAGCGUUGCUUGUGGAGCCAGGAAAUUGUAGAAAUGGCUGGUCGUGCGCUGACGGCGAUGGAAGGGAUAGAGCGCCUGAAAGCCGGUUGA